GGGUCGUUUGAUGUAAUAGCCAGUCGCAACCUGCGAAGCUUGUGUGUAUAAUUUCUAUUCCGGUUGCACAGUUUUUGUUACCAAGGUCUACGGAUCCUUGAAUCUUUGAAAGUGAAGCAGAUCAUAUGUGCUGAUGCAGGUAAUGCAACCUGAGACAGAUGUACCAUCUUCUAGCAGGUCCUGAUGCCAGCUGUUGAACUGAACAUGGAGCCAUGUCGACUGGGGAAGGAGGAUGUACUGGUGCCAAGAGACCUAAUUGAAAAACCUGAGGUUUUCCAGGAUGUCCUGAGUCUGGAGACCUGGAACAGUGUGCUGUCAGCAGAGCAGAGGCAGCAUCUCAGCAAGUUCCUGCCCACAUUUCCUGACAACGGUACUCACAACAGUGAAGAAACUCUCAGAUCACUGUUUUCAGGAGAAAAUUUCAAGUUUGGAAAUCCUUUGCAGUCAUUUCAAAAACAGUUGAAAGGUGGCUACCUUUUCCCAGCCAAUGCUCGACUGAAAGCCAAGUGUCAGAAAGCCAAGUACAGAGACUACAAAUUUCGCCAGCAGAGAUACUACCAGAAACUGCUGAAGGAUGUCAUCAUUUCCAGAGAGAGGGUACUGCAGUCUGCACUACAGAAUGGUCCUGACUACCGGGUGCCUCCCCCUCCCCACCCUGAACAACAGAGGAAGCCACGCCCAGAUCCUGUACAACAGAGAGCCUCCAGAAUGUACCACAAGAUACUGCUGGAAGUAAAGGAGGAAUGUGGGGUGGAUGAUGAGACAUCCUCUGAUGAGGAUGCCGAUUCUCCCCAGGAAGCCAGCAGUGUUUUGAGUCAGCAGGUGUCCAUGUUGUUUGGAGACUCUCCUCCCACCACACCCAGGGUGGUGUCUACCAUGGCUCCCAGGCCUAAAGGGGCAGAGCUAGGAGCUUCAGCAGCCUCCACAGUUCUCCAGCCCCCUCCUCCUCCACUUCCCCCUCCACCCACUCCAACUGACCAGGAAAUCACCAAGAUGCUACUCAGGCACAAGAGAAGACGAACAGAACAAGAGGAUGCACCAGAGCUGGACACACAGGGCAUGAGCCUUAAUGAAGUCAUCUUGAGAACUAAUCGCAGACCUGCUCUACCCAGGCAAAUGAUGACAUCCUUUUCACCACCUGUGGUGAAGAAGAAGGAGAAGAAGGAUCGGCCCAGGAAGAAGCCCAAAGCAGAGCCCAAGGUGGAAGAGGACCAGUCGUCCAUAGGUGCUGCCAAUGCUGGAGGUGUGGCAGCUGCACAGACAGGGGUGAUGGCUGGAAAAUUAAAGUCUGUAGGAGGGAUGUAUGUCAGUUUUUUUGUGCUGCUCAAGUCCAUUAUGCAGCGUACAUCAGAGCAGGCCCUCAGUAUCAGACAGCUGGAGGAGUUUGUGCGAGACUGGCAGUCUGCCCCCACCAGCCUGCUGAACGCCUGGUACUCCACCCACAGGGACUGGUCUCAGCUGGUUCAACCUGCCCUCAGGUUACUGGCUGGCAAAUCCAAUGCACUGCCACCAUCCUUCUGCCCCUGUGUGGAGUACAGGAGUGGAACACAGGACUGGAAAUGGAUAGGACAAGCCUCAGAUUCAGACUUGACAUUAUUGUGUAAGCAGUGGCUACAGGGACUGGGGCUGAACCAGAAACAGGAGUCAGAGGGAAAACAGAGCUCGCCUGUUCCUCCUCCCAGAAUGAGAACUGACUAUGUUGUCAGGCCAAGCAAUGGGCAGGAAAAGGAAGAGUUCAGGAAACAGGAGGAAGCCCGUUACCAGGGACCCCACAAACCUUUCACAUACCGCAUGCAUGGUUACGAGGCAGUGGUGGGGCCAGUCAAGGGGGUGAAGGGGAAGGAAACCACCUUUAACAAGGCCAGGGAACACUCCCUGCUUGUGCCUGAUCGGCCAGCUUGUGUCACAAUACUCUCAUUAGUUCGAGAUGCUGCAGCAAGACUUCCAAAUGGGGAGGGCACCAGGGCAGAGAUCUGUGAGCUGUUGAAGGACUCCAGCUACCUGGCUAAAGAUGCGACUGACUCACAGAUCAAUGCUGUAGUGAGUGGAGCCUUGGAUCGGCUCCACUAUGAGAAGGACCCCUGUGUGAAGUAUGACCCCAUCAGGAAGGUGUGGAUCUACCUGCACAGGAACCGGACAGAGGACGAUUUCAUGCGAAUCCAUGAGGUGGAGAUGGAAGCAGCCAGACAGAAGAAAGCAGCUCAACAGAAGCAGAAAGCUGCUAAGAAAUCCAAGCAGCCUGCCAUUGUGAGCUCCACAGCCAUGACUACAUCUGCAACAGCUACUUCUACAACUGUGACAACGCCUGCUAAGACAGCUGUCAGCUCGGAGGUGACCAGAUGCAAGUCUGCACCAUCCACACCUUCACCCAAGCCUCCAGUCCUCCCACCAGGCUUCCAGAGUAUCUCCCCUAUCCCAUCAUCCCUGUCCUCAAGUCAGCCAAGUUCUCAGCCAAGUUCAAGUCCAACAUCAUCCCUGCCGGCACCCUCUCCCCUGAAACCAACACUGCCACCAUCACCACUGGCGCAGGAGCCAGCCAAGAAGCCUACCCCCCAGCCCAAACCUCGGGUGUCCCUCGACCUCCAAGUCCCAAGACUGAAGGUGGCCCAGCCGGUACAACUGAAGGUAGCAGAUCCGCCUAGAGCACCCUUGACACACAGGCCCUCCACAAAGCCUGGUCUGAGACUGGUAAUGCCUCCAC